GUCUGGUGAACCCUGAGCUCCUUACAUCAGGUCUGGUGAACCCUGAGCUCCUUACAUCAGGUCUGGUGAACCCUGACCUCCUUACAUCUGGUCUGGUGAACCCUGAGCUCCUUACAUCAGGUCUGGUGAACCCUGACCUCCUUACACCAGGUCUGGUGAACCCUGACCUCCUUACAUCAGGUCUGGUGAACCCUGACCUCCUUACAUCAGGUCUGGUGAACCCUGACCUCCUUACAUCAGGUCUGGUGAACCCUGACCUCCUUACAUCAGGUCUGGUGAACCCUGACCUCCUUACAUCAGGUCUGGUGAACCCUGAGCUCCUUACAUCAGGUCUGGUGAACCCUGAGCUCCUUACAUCAGGUCUGGUGAACCCUGACCUCCUUACAUCAGGUCUGGUGAACCCUGAGCUCCUUACAUCAGGUCUGGUGAACCCUGACCUCCUUACAUCAGGUCUGGUGAACCCUGAGCUCCUUACAUCAGGUCUGGUGAACCCUGAGCUCCUUACAUCUGGUCUGGUGAACCCUGAGCUCCUUACAUCUGGUCUGGUGAACCCUGACCUCCUUACAUCUGGUCUGGUGAACCCUGACCUCCUUACAUCAGGUCUGGUGAACCCUGAGCUCCUUACAUCUGGUCUGGUGAACCCUGAGCUCCUUACAUCAGGUCUGGUGAACCCUGACCUCCUUACAUCUGGUCUGGUGAACCCUGAGCUCCUUACAUCAGGUCUGGUGAACCCUGACCUCCUUACAUCAGGUCUGGUGAACCCUGAGCUCCUUACAUCUGGUCUGGUGAACCCUGAGCUCCUUACAUCAGGUCUGGUGAACCCUGACCUCCUUACAUCUGGUCUGGUGAACCCUGAGCUCCUUACAUCAGGUCUGGUGAACCCUGACCUCCUUACAUCUGGUCUGGUGAACCCUGACCUCCUUACAUCAGGUCUGGUGAACCCUGAGCUCCUUACAUCUGGUCUGGUGAACCCUGACCUCCUUACAUCUGGUCUGGUGAACCCUGACCUCCUUACAUCAGGUCUGGUGAACCCUGAGCUCCUUACAUCAGGUCUGGUGAACCCUGAGCUCCUUACAUCAGGUCUGGUGAACCCUGACCUCCUUACAUCAGGUCUGGUGAACCCUGACCUCCUUACAUUAGGUCUGGUGAACCCUGACCUCCUUACAUCAGGUCUGGUGAACCCUGACCUCCUUACAUUAGGUCUGGUGAACCCUGAGCUCCUUACAUCAGGUCUGGUGAACCCUGACCUCCUUACAUCAGUCCAUGAAGCCUGUAACCUGGUUCCCAUGGAUCCAAACGGUCUGUCUGACCCCUACGUGAAGCUCAAACUCAUCCCCGACCCCAAGAGUGACACCAAGCAGAAGACCAAGACCAUCAAGGGAAACCUCAACCCUACCUGGAACGAAACUUUCAAAUUUCCCCUGAAGGAUUCUGAUAAGGACCGGCGUCUGUCAGUGGAGAUCUGGGACUGGGAUAUGACCAGCAGGAACGACUUCAUGGGAGCGCUGUCCUUCGGCAUCUCAGAACUCCAGAAACAAGGAGUGGAUGGAUGGUUUAAGCUGCUAUCUCAGGAGGAAGGAGAGUACUUCAACGUCCCAGUUCCUCCUGAGGGCGAGGAGGGCAACGAGGAGCUACGGCAGAAGUUUGAGAGGGCUAAGAUUGGUCCGAGCACCAAGAACACAGAAGGCUCGGCCUCCAAGUUCGACUCCAACGGGAACAGAGACCGCAUGAAGCUGUCUGACUUUAACUUCCUGAUCGUGUUGGGCAAGGGAAGCUUCGGCAAGGUGAUGCUAGCAGAACAUAAGGACAGAGAGGAGCUGUACGCCGUAAAGAUCCUGAAGAAGGACGUGGUGAUUCAGGAUGAUGAUGUGGAGUGCACCAUGGUGGAGAAGAGGGUCCUGGCCCUGUCCGGGAAACCUCCCUUCCUCACACAGCUCCACUCCUGCUUCCAGACCAUGGACAGGUUAUAUUUUGUGAUGGAGUAUAUCAACGGAGGAGACCUCAUGUAUCAGAUCCAGCAUGUCGGCAAGUUCAAGGAACCACACGCUGUGUUCUAUGCAGCAGAGAUUGCCAUAGGUUUGUUCUUCCUUCAUCUGAAAGGAAUCAUUUACAGGGAUCUGAAGCUGGACAACGUGAUGCUGGAUGCAGAAGGCCACAUUAAGAUCGCUGACUUUGGGAUGUGCAAAGAGAACAUGUUAGACGGUGUCACCACCAAGACCUUCUGUGGGACCCCAGACUACAUCGCUCCUGAGAUCAUUGGGACAUACCAGCCCUAUGGGAAGUCAGUGGACUGGUGGGAGGCAGACUCAGGAAAGGUUGGAGUUCUGCUGUAUGAGAUGCUGGCUGGAAGAGGUAGGUGUCCUCCCUUCGAUGGUGAGGACGAGGAUGAGAUGUUCCAGUCCAUCAUGGAGCAUCACGUCUCCAAAGGAGAUUGGAAUGACAAGUCUAUGUCCAAGUUCAGAGGCUGUCGCCAUCUCCUCCCUUCGAUGUUGAUGACCAAGCACCCUGGGAAGCGUCUGGGCUGUGGUCCGGAGGGGGAGCGAGACAUCAGGGACCACGGCUUCUUCCGCUAUAUGGACUGGGACAAAGUGGAGAACAAGGAAGUACAACCGCCAUUCAAACCCAAAGCUCGGUGCGGGCGCGAGGCAGAGAACUUUGAUCGUUUCUUCACCCGCCACCCCCCAGUCCUGACCCCCCCAGACCAGGAGGUCAUCAUGAACCUGGACCAGGAAGAGUUCCAAGGGUUCUCCUUCGUUAACCCAGAGUACCCCUCUGUUACUGAGGAGGAGGCUGCAGAGAGCUAGGACACACACACACUCCAUAACCAACACACACACACACUCCUUAACCAACACACACACACACACUCCAUAACCAACACACACACACACACACACUCCUUAACCAACACACACAUACACACACACACACACUCCUUAACCAACACACACACAC